ACGUUUUCUAUCAUAAGAAGCGUUCAGUUGCUGUUGCGUGGCCGCGUGAUUCGCAGUUUUUAAAGUUCUUGUUCGAAAAAGUUUUUUAGUUUUGGUGAUUAUUUGAUAGUGUGCACUUACGUUCUAAUACGAAAAUACGAUAGAAGCAUUGUGUGUCAAAACGAUAAUUCGAUAAUAAUAGUAAAACGAUAAUAAUAAUCGUGGAAUUUAUACAGAAUUAUUCGAUAACGAUCAUAAAUGGUUUACAAUAAAAGUGACAGUUUAAAGACAUUCUAAUUUUCAUUUCAAAUUUAAUGAUAUCUGUUAAUGAAAUCUUUUAUUAUAUAAUGUUGCAUUGUAAUAUUAUGGUAAUUUAUCCAUAAAAACGACAUUGGUAUGAAGCAAUUGAAAAUUUGUUAUAUGUGAACAUCGUUUUUUCAAACCGUUUAAGAAGUUUCGAUUGAUGAGAAUUGAACGAUUAUGGAUCGAUUAAAUCCGUUCGAUUAAUCGUAUCGUGAGUAAAGCGCGGUGAAUGAUUAUAAACUUCAGUUUUUGUGCACGCUUCAUCAGCUGAUUGUCGUGUCCUUGAGAGCAUCAUAUUUCGUUAAGAAUGGACGUGCAAACUGAGUCUCGAUUCUUUGCACGCGCGCCUUACAUUCACCGGAUAUUUAAGUGACCCGCCUCAAGAUUGAAAAAACGAUGCCUGUGAACGCGACAGCAGGCAGCACACUUCCGGACGAGGAAGUCCAUCGAAUAAUAAUGGAAAGGGAGCAAGAAUGUUUCCAGCUGCAAGCAAUGAAUUCAACCCCGCCACCAGAGCCAUACUGUCGGUUGAUCUUUGACGGAUGGUCUUGCUGGCCUAAUACUCCAGCAGGGGCCACUGCAUACGCCCCUUGCCCAAAUUUCAUCACUGGUUUCGACGCUUCUUUGAAAGCACAUAAAUAUUGUGAAUUAAACGGCACUUGGUUUCGACAUCCAGAAUCUCGUCAAAUCUGGAGCAACUACACGACUUGUAUCAAUUUAAAAGACCUCAGUUGGCAACAAGGAAUUAAUGGACUUUACGAGGCUGGAUAUGCAAUAUCAUUGAUAGCAUUAUUACUUUCAUUAGGUAUUCUAACAUAUUUCCGCUCCCUGAGGUGUGCAAGGAUCACUCUUCAUAUGAACCUGUUCGCCUCUUUUGCUGUAAAUAAUGCUCUAUGGCUGGUGUGGUAUAGAUGCAUCGUAGCGAAUACGGAUUUACUGUUGAACAAUGGGAUAACAUGUCGGCUGUUGCAUAUUAUCCUUCAUUACUUUCUUCUUACUAAUUACGCAUGGAUGUUGUGCGAAGGUUUUUAUCUACACACUCUGCUUGUUAGUGCGUUCACAAGCGAACAGAAAUUAGUAAAAUGGUUGAUGAUUCUUGGUUGGCCCGUACCUGCAAUCAUCGUCACGAUUUAUGCCUGUUUAAGAGUGACUAGUAAUGAUCUUACGGACACUGAACAAUGUUGGAUCAAUGAGGGUAAUUAUAUGAACGUACUGGUUUAUCCAGUAUGUGUUUCCACCUUAUUAAAUGUGCUUUUCCUCUUCAACAUUGUUCGAGUUUUAUUAAUGAAGCUGAGAGCUGGUCCUAGCAUUGGUACACAACCUUCGAGAUCUAUGCGUCAGGCAUUUCGGGCAACAUUACUUCUUGUACCUCUUUUGGGUUUACAUUAUCUUGUCAUCCCCUUCAGGCCACCGAAAAAUCACCCUUGGGAGCAUUUCUAUGAAGUUCUUUCCGCUAUAACAGCUUCUUUCCAGGGUCUCUGUGUGGCCAUUUUAUUCUGUUUCUGUAACGGUGAGGUGAUAGCACAAUUUAAGAGAAAAUGGGAGGGCUCAGCCUUCUUGCGGAAUCGAGCCAAUUCUUGUACAGCUACCACCGUCUCGUUUAUCCGAUCGACCGCAGGUCCGAUGCCGGGAGAAGAAACGGUGUGACUAUCAAUCGUCCAUGCAGGAAGUGCUGGACAAAAAACGAGUCGUGGACAAUAAUCAACUGACCAUGCAACUGGUCGCUUCUAUUCCUGUUUUCAAAACUCACGAUAAUUACGCCAGGAUGCUUAUUAAGUCGAUCGAUGUAUCCGAUAAAGAACAGAUGUAGUGUUGAUAAUACUGAUUGUUGACAAGAAGAGUUUCAAACUAUUUAUACCAGGAAAGCAAAACCAUUGAGCGAAGAUCAAAGACAAAGAAGGUUUCAAGAUCAAAGGCGGUUUCAAGAUCAGAGUAUAAUUCUGCGGAGAUAUUUCAUGAAGAUAUUAUCACGAUGAUUCGUUGAAAAUUAAAAGGUGUGUUUUCACGAGGAAUAAGAUUUUAAUGAAGAAAAGACUAUUUUGAUGAUGAACAUUGUGAUUCUAAAAAAAAUAUUUAGAAUUAAUAUAAAAGAUAAGGUGACAGAAGGAAAUUUUAAUUAUAAAAAUGUCAAAUAAUAUUUUGGAAAAUUUUAACAGUACUAUUUUUUGGAUCUCAAAGUUAAUUUAAGAAAAUAGAAAACUAUUUAUUGAAUA